UGUCCCCUGCUGGUGGGAUACUGGGAGGGUUCCGGGCUCCGGGCUUACUUUCCAGGGAAAGUAUCGCAGUUGGUCCAGGACCCUGGAGCGCAGCAAGUCCAGGCAUUCCCUGUGGGAGCUACCACUCUCCCUGGCACUCCUGCUCUCGGUCAGGGGAUCCAAAUGUCUUCGGGCAUCAGCUGGGUGGCUGCAGCCAAGGUUACCAAAACCGGCUCUACUGCCCUGGUUCAAGUAAAGGAUGAGGAACCAAAGAAAAGCACCACUUCAGCUUCUACAUCACAAGAAGAAAAGAAGAAGAAGAAGAGGAAGAUGAAGAGGAGGAGGAGGAAGAAGAAGAAAGCAUCUAAAAGAAAACACAAGAAUUAUUCUGACGAUAGUGACAGUGACUCUGAUUCUGAAACAGACUCCUCUGAUGGAGAAUUGAGAGUCCGUUCCUGCUGGUACCCCCUUGAAGAGGUAUCCUUCCUAAUUGGUCACAGUUUGAUCCUUAAAACUUAAAGAAAGACUGA